CCUUCGUCUCGCGCAACACGCCUACCAGACAUAUUGACAGCGGCCUCCUGUGCGGUGGCCGGUUGCUCUUGCUCUCGACCACCAAAACACUUUCCUCUCUGUCCCGUUGACUGCCACAGCCACUGCCUAUCUAUCGCAUUGCGCCUGCCGCCUGCUGCCUCCCCACGCCGCACGCACGCCGACACCCCGGUCUCUUGGUGCUGCUUCGUCCUUGGCCCCACCCUGCACNCACCCGCCGUUUAUGGCCGCCUACGAAAUCAGCAAACAUUUCAGUGGUCUCCGCGUUCAAACUGCACGCCGCAAGGGCCGACCAGAUCCCUUCGCAACGGGCUUCGAAGAUGAUAGCGACGACGACUUCCGGAAGAGCAGACCAAAGACCAAGGCGCCGGUGCCGGCUAAGCCGUCGCCCAUAGCACCUCGCGUCUCCUCCCCGACCAAGUCGCCUCCCGUAGCCGCAAAGCCUCAAAACCUCGACGACGACGACAACUUUCUGCUGGAAGUAAGCGCGCAAAAGAAGGCUGACCGCCGCCCGUCGCCCGCCCCGCCGAACCCAAAGACCGCCGCUCAGCGCUUGGUCGACCGAAGUGGCCGCCGCGGUUCGCUGCCUGGAGCACUUCCAUCGAACACAAAGAAGGCUGCGGUCCUCGCCGCUGGCCCGUUGGCAUAUCUGGACGACAGUGACGAGGAGGACAACAUAUCGUAUCCCUCGAAUCGCACCGCUCGUCAGCAGAGUCCUGCUCCGCGAAAAACUUCGGAAGACGGCAUCGGACGCUCCGCCACCCCCAGUGGUCACCGCACCUCUCAGCCAUCUGUCGACAGGUCUAUCGUCGUCCCCCGCCAUACCGUUGCGUCGCCCUUCGCUGGAACUAAAUAUUUGCAAGACAGCGACUCCGACUCCGACGAGGAAGCCGUAGCAUCCCGAAAGGGGAGUGCUGAGGAGAUUGAACCGCUUCCUGAAAACAAGAAGCAUCACGAGGUACAGCGCGUCGACAAAGGAAAGAUACAGAAUGGGGGCGGCGUUUCCUGGCGAGCCUUCUCGGCCGGCCGUGCGGAGCAGCGGAAUGCUGAGCUCGAGACUCUCACAGCAAAUUUCAGAAAGCGCGGCCGCAGCAUCCAAUUCAACCCAACAGCGAGAACCGACGAUGGCCGACAAAUCACACUCGCUCCAGGCGUCGACAGGAGUGGAUCGCUUCUCGGCCGAAAGCCUGGGCAAACUCGAGCAAAGUCUCCCCCAAGACGUGCCGCAGACACGAAACACAGCUUCGAGGAGGAUGAGAUGGCUGAUCGGGAAUUCGGAGGACCCGUCCGAACUUACGACCCAACUGUCUGGAAGACGAACCCCUUCAGUGGAGAACCUGUGCGACGAACCAGUGACGGGACCGGGCAGAGCCCGGAUACCAUUCUCAAACGACUUGACUCCGCAAACGAUAGCAUCCCUGACAUCCGCAUCGACAAUGUCGCCUAGCCAUGAUCUCAACGGCCCCUCUCCUAUCACAUCCCCGGACAGCAUGACUCGAAUGCUUUCUUCCAUCGACUCCAUUACCAAAUUGACAGUAUCACCUCAAACGAUACCCGAGGGCAGAACCGUGGAUCACGCUAUGCUCGACUCACCCGUAAUGUCGCCCAUGACAGAGGACUACGAUCCGCUGAGCAGGAAUUCGAGUAUGCGUUCUAUGCGUUCCCGCCGAGUCCCGACAUCACGGCGGUCAUCGCGGCGUUCAAAUUCAGCCAAUACUUCGGUCAGUCCAGCGCAUGCUUUCCUUGCAAACUGGGGUCGAGGCGAUGCCGAAGACAAUCCACCUGAGCCAAAACCUGACGACGAAGGUCAAGCGAUUGGACUCAAUAACGAGUACAUCAUCGGACGUACCAUCAGCCGUGGCGGAUUUGGCGUAGUCAAAGAAGUACACUCUCUUGAUGAUCACGGCCAUCGCACCGUGAAAGCGGUCAAGAUAGUGCGUAAAUCCAUCGCUGACGCAAACGAGGUGGAAAACGAGAAGGCGCAACAAGAGAUCGAGCACGAAGUCUCCAUUUGGCGCUAUCUGAACCACCGUCAUGUCUUGCCUCUGCAUGCAGUGUACGAGACUGACUAUGCCACGUUUUGUGUCAUGGAUCUCAAUGUGGGUGGGACGUUGUUCGACUUAGUAAGAAAGUCUCGCCAACAUGCUGCUCGUAACGAUGGUCGCAAAGGCUUGGCACCUGCUCUUGCCAAACGUUACGCAUACCAGCUCGCGUGCGCCCUGCGUUAUCUGCAUGAAGAUAUUCGCGUCUGCCAUCGCGAUGUGAAGUUGGAGAAUUGCCUCGUCGACAUGGCCGGACCUGACUCGGAGACGCUUGGCGGAAACUUGCGCCUUUGCGAUUUCGGUCUUGCCGAUUUCCUGCACAGUGAAGCUCCAGAUGACGGAUCGCGAACGCCUCAGCGAGUGUCGUCACAUCGAUCACUCUCGAACGACAUGCCCUUACCAACGGCUUCUUCGGUGAUUGGCACACUCGAAUACGCGUCACCCAAAGGAUUGCUGGUAAAUCGAAAGCUAUAUGAGACCGCCGGCGACGUGUGGGCCUUUGGCGUCGUCGUAUACGCACUUUGCACUGGACAUCUGCCCUUCCGACACACCAUGCCCAGCAAAACUGUGGAGAUGAUCCUUCGCGCCGACUGGGACGAAGAUGCACUGCGACACGCCGCCGCCGGUGGCGAAGAGGUCAUGGACCUCGUCCGAGGAUGCCUGGAGAAAGACAUCGAUAUUCGAUACACAAUCAGCGACGCCCUUCGCAGCCCAUGGUUCGAAGGAUGUCGCGAGGCGGACGAAGAAGUGGCCGCCACUGCUUCGGUGUGGGGCUGAAACUUCUUUGGCCUCACUACCACCACCACCACCACUUCUGAUGUAUAACACCCAACGACAUGCAUUCAACAACAUUCUAUGGACAUAUUACGAUUUGAUGACAGCGGAAACGAAUCAGAUGAAACGAAGUCAGUUUCGAUGUAUUUUUUGCGGCGCUUUUGUUCUUCCUUUCACGCGUUGCAUGGAGAACUGCGAAGGCUUUGGGUUGGAAAAUACGGCAGUUCAGGACAUCUUUUGGCACGGAUACCCAAGGUGCGGCGCGCUUGUUAUUCUCUACUUACUCCAAUUCGUAC